GAAAGACUAUGAAUUGCGAUAUUUAGACAUCGAUACGAUUGUGUUCGUUUAAAAUAUGAAAUGGUAUUUUAAUCGAUAAAUGCGCAAGUGUACAUUUCAUUGUAUUGUGUCCGUUGACAAAAAUGAAGAUUGGAAUCGUGCUUUUAACAAUUUUUUGUGCAUUCGUCAGCGUUAAUGCCCAAGCAGCAAAAACCUGGCAGGUGAAUACCAAUGUGACGAUAAGUUCACGCUUCUGGGAUUCUCUGGUGAUCGUAGGAGCUUUCAGCUUCAACGGUAGCAUGACCAACGCUUUAGCCAUGCGGAGCAAUGAAUAUGGAAAUGGUAACUUUUGCGAACUUAUAUAUCCAUUGGAUAAGUUAUCGAGUACCAAUGACGAUGAUUCGAAUCAAACUGCCGAAGGGAAAUGCGUCGAUGAAGAGGUGUUGGCUAAAAUGGAUCGUGUGUUUUGGGCUGAUCCACGUAACUGGGUAACGAGUCCUGAAAAUAAAGCAACUCCUCAUGCCGAACGAAUUCCUUGUAAUUACGAUCGUCUUCGAAUUCCAAAUACUACCAGUACGUUUAUUAUACUACCACCGAAGCCUGUAACGUUGAGUAGUCUGCGAUUCGGUAACGCGGUAUUUUUCCAGUUUCUCAGCAUGUUUUCCUGGAAGAGAUACGCGACCAACGAGUACUUUAUGCGACACUUCUUGGUGAAAUCGGCCACAGACCUCGUAGACUCGUUCAAUUUCUCAUUAUCAGGAUGCGAGGACAGAAUGGGUUGUACUUGCGGUACGUACGAUUACCAAGACGAAAUUUGUGCUUUCGUUGAAGACAGUUGUGCCAAAGAUUUACCAUGCGAGGAUCCAAUAACACCUAAUGGACACUGUUGCAAAGUUUGCGGUGCAACUGUGAGGAUCUGGGCCACUAAAGAUAAAUUUGUAUACAAGAAGUUGGUUCCAGUAGUGGAGAAAUUCAUCAAGAGCCAGAGCGAAGAAUUGAAUAUAAAAGUUGUCUGGUACAUGUCGAAAGUUACCAAAAGAGAGGUGCAAGUAGUCCUGUUACCGGAGGAUGAAUACACCACGGAAUUUCUCGACUUGGCUGAGGGUUUAUCGUGGUAUCUAAGUAAACCGAGUAAUUUAGGUAUAUCCUCAACUUGGACCGAUCACGCUGGUAAUCCUAUUUCUAAGGGACGAGGAUGGUCUGCGACUAUUAAGAUUUUCGUAGGAUUGGCCAUUGUUUUAAUCAUCGGUGCUUUAUAUGUAUACGCGAGUAAAUUCAAAUUAUUGGAAAAUUUGAUGCCAUCUUUCACGGGCUCGAAAUACGAACAACAUAAAGAAGAUGGCAAGAACUCGUUCAAUAAUUCAAAGACGACGAAAAACGAAGUAAAAGCUCAGGAUGAAAAUACUACAGAGACUGAAUCCACGACACAGAACGAACAAACUAAUCUAAUUGAUACUUCUGGUUGAUUGACGUGAAAUAAAUUGUUUCGGUGGAA